AUGAGUGAGCUAUUGAGAACAGCUUGUGAAGAAGCAAGGCAGGGGAAUGCUAGUAUUAAGCAACAAGUGAGAGAUAUUGGAAAUAAAUUUUUGAACAAUGUUGAAAUAAGUGCACAAGAAGCAGCUUACAUAGUGCUGCAACUUCCAAUGAGGAAAUCGUCUCGCCAAGUUGUAUUUAUCAACACUUUACCUCCUGAAGACAGAGUUCAGUUGCUUAAACCAAUGCAAGAAAUUAAUGAUAUGGAAGAUGAUCCUGAUGAGAUCUAUGCAUCUGGGCUAAUAAAGCGUUACACAAAACGACCAGCCAAACUCGAAAAUUUGUCGCUGGCUGAUUGGGCAGCAUGGUACGACGCUUGUGGUAAGCCAUACAUCAAACCAUCUUGUCAACUAGAUAUUGAUAACUAUCCACUUGAGACAAAUUUGGAUAAUAAUGAUGAUUAUGAGGAAAAAGAAAGUGAAACAAAGAAUAAAAAAAGAGCUAAAGCCAGAAUUAUCCGAAGUGUCUGUUUUAACAAGGAUGUUGAUUCUGAGAAGCAUUACCGUGAGCUAAUUAUGUUAUUCACAUCAUGGAGAAACGAAACAACUGACUUAAUUAAAGAUUGUUCCUCCUACCAAGAGCACUAUUUACGACUUAAAAACACAAUUGAUGAGCAAAUGAAACAAUAUGCUAUUUGUAGUGAAGACCUGGAUGACAUUCAAGAUCAGCUUCAUAAUAUGGAUCAUAAUGAUGAUAAUCAUGACCUUGUUGCCCCAGGAACGCAAAACGUUGAACGUCAAGACGAAUCUGAAGGUACGCAAGACCUUCAUCCAGAAUUGAAUGCUAACUAUGACCUAUCUGGUGAUCUUGGAAUUCCUUCAACUGCAUCAAAUACUGAACAGCUUAUAUUACAUGAAGAACAGGAUGAUGUUUACAGAAGUAUGGUGCAAAAACUCAACAAAGAACAGAAGGAAUUUUUCUAUCAUCUGUUGCAUCUUAUCAAAAUAUCUCAGAAACCAUUCUACUGUUUCCUCAGUGGAGGAGCGGGAGUUGGCAAGUCCCAUCUCACCAAGUGUCUUUAUCAAGCAGCACUGAAGUUUUAUAACACAAGAGCAGGUGAUGAUUUCCAUCAAGUAAAAAUAUUAAUGCUUGCUCCAACUGGCAAAGCAGCUUUCAACAUUAAAGGUAACACAAUUCAUAAUGCACUUGCAAUACCAGCAUGUCAAUCCUUAAAGAACUACAUACCACUUGACUCGAGCAGGCUAAACAGUUUAAGAUGUCGGCUUGGUGGUUUAAAACUUAUAUUUUUAGAUGAGAUCUCAAUGGUUGGUAGUACAAUGUUUAAUGUUCAAAUAAAUAAUAGACUGAAAGAUAUUAAAGGAAGUAAAGAUGACUUUGGCGGUGUAAGCAUAGUGGCAAUUGGUGAUCUAUUUCAACUAGAACCUGUAAUGGAUAGGUACAUAUUUAAAAAUCUAGAUAAUUCGGAAUAUGCAAUUCUUGCUCUCAAUAAAUGGCAAGAUUACUUUAAUAUGUUUGAACUCCAAGAAAUAAUGAGGCAGAGAGAGAGCAAAGUAUUUGCUGAAAUACUAAACAGGCUGAGGGAAGGCAAACAUACCAAGAAUGACAUUUUAAAACUCAAAGAAAGAUUAAUCAAAGAAAAUAGCAUGCAGGAGCCAAUGGAUGUGCCUCAUUUAUUCAUACAAAAUCAGAAGGUAAAUGAAUUUAAUAAAAGGGUUCAUAAUGCAGCAACUGGCGAAAAGUUUUCCAUUAAAGCAGUAGACAGUGUCAUAGGAGCAAACUCUGCUCAGCUUCGAGAUAAAAUUUUGAGUCAAAUACCAGAUGACCCAAGGAAAACAAAGCAAAUUGCUUCAAACCUUCAACUGUCAGUUGGAGAAAGAACUGAGAUAGCAUUAAAUGUACGUACUGAUGAUGGCAUGACUAAUGGUGCCAGUAAUGUUGUUAAGAAGAUACAACUUAACCAGAGAGAUAAACCAUCAGGAGUAAUAUGGGUACAGUUUGACCAUUCAGAUGUUGGUGAGAAAACCAGACAUGAAAAUAGAAAUCUUUAUGUUCAAGGUAUUGACUCAACAUGGACUCCAAUAAAACCAAUCACUACUCAAUUUCGUAUUGGCAGGAAUCAAACAGCACAAGUUGUAAGAAAACAGUUUCCACUAAGACCUGCUGCGGCUAAGACAAUUCAUCGUUCACAAGGAGACACAGAACAAAACAUUGUUGUCAAUUUUACUACAAGAAGAGCCAUACCUCAUAUACAUUAUGUUGGUUUAAGCAGGGUAACAACCAUUGAAGGUUUAUUUAUCACUGAUCUUUGUGAAGAAAAGAUAGCUGUCAAUCCUCAUGUUGCAGCUGAAAUGGAAAUGUUAAGGAAAGAACGUGCACUGAAACUUAGUGUCACUCCUAUUUAUCAGAUAAAUCAAGUCUCUUUUAAAUUAUGCUAUCUGAACACUCGAUCAUUGCACAAACAUAUUGAUGAUGUUCGACAUGAGCUAAAUUUUACAAACACUGACAUCAAUAUAUUCUCAGAAACACGAAUUAUGACCUCAGAUGAUAAUAUUAUGUAUGAAAUUGAUGGUUAUACUUUGUUCAGGAAUGAUGGUCACUGUUCAACAUCCAGACCAUUUGGUGGAAUGGCAGUUUUUAGCAGAGUUGAAUUUUUGCCUGGAUAUCCACGUUGUCGUAAUAUUAACGGCAUUGAGAUAACUAUUAUGAAAGUAAUGAUUCUUCCACAUGUUACCAUUAUAGGUAUAUAUCGAUCACCCAGAAUUCCAGUUCAGCAGCUGUUAGCAGCCUUAAGUGAGGUUUUGAUGUUAUCUACUUCUCAAUUUAACAUUUUCAUGGGUGACUUUAAUGUAAAUUGGUUGGAUGAAGUCAACAAAAGUCCUUUAUAUAAUUUCUUUAUUAACGAAAAUAACUACAGACAAUUGGUAGACAGUUUCACCACAGAUAAUAAGACGUUAAUAGAUCAUAUCUAUACAAAUCUACCAGAAUCACAAGCUAAGUCACACAUAUUAGAAACUUAUUUCUCUGAUCAUAAAGCAGUGUGUGCAUUGAUUAAUUGCUUCCAUUGAACUAAAGCUUAGUAGCUACAUUUUACCAAAUGUCUUGCCUCGGCUAGCAAUAAAACUGAGUUGCACUAUUAAGAGUUUAAAAACUUGGAGGGGGUGCUACUGCCUUCCCCGUUGUCCACAUUAUGUCUACCACUGAAUGUCAAUAGCAAGAACACCAGGUAAGUAAUUUUGCGUCCCCCACCCCCUCCCUCUUGCUGUAUUAUUGCAUGUUCUAUCACACUACUAAUUAUUUCACUCUAAGUUCUAACAUGAACAUUUUGGAUUUAUAGAUGAAUCAUGGAUGAACUGCAUAAUGGCCGGAUACCUUUGUCACAACUACGGCUGUACACCCUACUCGCAGAACAAUCUUAGUUUAAACUCAUUGGUACAGUACAUGUAUAUUUCCAAAAGAAGAUGUAAACAUCACAGCACGCAUGCUUUGUAAUGAGAUCCUUCCAAUGGCACACAAUGUACAAAUCUGAACAUAUUAUUCCAUAUAUCGAAUUAUUUUCGAUUUAAGAACUAUGGAUUGCACUCCUGAUUUUCAACCUUGUCAACUUUUGUUAAUGAUGAAUGGCCUCCAAUGUAUGACCUACUGUAUUGGCUACUACAAUUACUUGGAAUAAACACUUCAUUUGUGUUCCAUCAACCCUGGCAAUCACAUUCCUAAAUUAUAAUACUACCAUCAUAAUCUUGAUGUAAUCUAUCAACAACAUGGUUAAAAGGAUAUUUAAAACUGUCUGAGUGUCUAUUGGUAACACCUCAAUCCUCAUUGAAAUACCUGAUUAUAGUAUGUUAUUAACUAUCAAGAAGAUUAUGAAUCUAACACAUUUCAGCAACAACAUCAAGAAAUUGGAGAUUAAUAUCUUCGUUAUGUUAUGGAAUUGGUUUCUGCAAGUGGAGUUUAUAUCAGCCAUUUCAUGUUGUCAUCCGGCAUGUUGUAAAUCCAACCUCAUUUGACAAUUAAUAAUAAAACCUUGUUCAACUGUGUAUAAAAUAUGUUAAUUUGAGGGAUUAAAAAAAAUUAUUUUCAUUUUUGCGUCCAUUAUGCUCGGCAUUAAUUUUCAUUUUAAGUUUAAAAUAUAUUGACUUAAACAUCAAUUUCUUAUUCCUUUAAAGUUACAAGUUAAAUAAAUGCAUUUUGUAUGUCUGUAUAUGUAGAACUUAAAAAUACUUUGAGACCAAACUAGACCUUGUAGAAAUUAGGAUAUUAUUUCUUCAUUGCAAGUGGAUCUGUGCCAUGAGCAGAUACAUGCACGCUUUGCGUGCCUAUUUUUUUUUAUCUUAACACUCCAUGUAGCUAUCAAUAACCAUCCAUGAGUACUGACCAUGCAGUACUUGCAACAAUAAUACAAUCUCCCUACUCUAUAAUUUUACAAGAGUGUUACAGGUCUAAGGGUUGGGUGGAACCAUAUAUAUGGUCCUUGAACUAAGGCUUGCCUGUACAAGUUAAAACUAUCACAGACUUUGUCUCAAUUUUGUGGAAAUGAAUCUCCAAUUAAUUUUCACAUCUGGGGCUCUGGCAGUGCCGUAGCUAGAAUUUAUAGUUGGGGGGGGGGGGUAGGCUAAAAAUUUCCGAAUGACGAAGAAAAUUUCCGAAUAUUCCAAAAUUCUUGGCGAAUUCCUCCCCAAAUUUUCAUACCCACACAGAGUUAAUUAAAUGACCAAAUUCCUACAGGAGGAAGAUAUGUUGUGUAUUAAUGUAUGCAUUUCGUUCUGUUCAGAGAAAAACAAAUGACUUGGAAGAUGAAGACGAUGAUUAUGUGAGUGUAAUUACUGUAUAUGGUGUCAAAUCUCCACCAAAAUUCAUGUUCACGUCUUCAACAUUAUUGUAUUUUCAACAUCAACGUUUGUAUUUGCAACAUCAACAUUUGUAUUUGCAACAUCACUGUUCCCAUUUUCAACAUCAAUGUUCGCAUUUUCAACAUCAAUGUUCGCAUUUUCAACAUCAACAUUUGUGUAUCAUCAUUACUAUAAACUUGAAUUUUGGCGGAUUAGCAUGGCGUCAAAUCUCUGCCAAAAUCUAUGUUCAUAUUUUCAACAUCGAUGUUUGCGUUUUAAACAUCAAUGUUCUUAUUUUCAACAUCAAUGUUUGCGUUUUUCACAACAUUGUUUGCAUUCUCAAUGAAAUGAAUGAAUUUAAAACCCAAAAUUAAUUUGUAUUUGCGCUUCUGGGUGAAUCCUAUUCCAAAUGAGGUUCUGUGUGAACAACUCUGCUGCAACUAGCAGAAAGAUUAAACACUUUGCAGAAGAAUGCUCAACAUAGAGGUAAACUGUUUGUCUUCAUCAAUAAUUCAUAUUGCAUCUCAUGUGUUAUUCAAAUUUGUAUAUAAAUGUUUUCAUCCUGAUAAAACAAAAAUAUGCUAAUUCUGUUCAAACGAAAUAUGACUUAAGUUCAACCACAGUUAAUAACUGUGGUUCAGCACGUCAAUGUUAUAUUUGUUGAAAAAAAGCUAAACCUACAACAAACAUGUGUUAAUUGUUAUGAACUGCGGGAGGGUAUAGGGUAUGUUUUUUAAAUGUAAUAGCCCAUGGUAGAUUUGUAGUCAAAUUAUUUUGUGAAAGACUUAUAAUGUAAAUUUCUGUAAUUGGGAUGCUUGCCUUGACAUGUUAGAUUGUAAUUAUAUUACAAUAAUUAAACUAUCCAAAAUUUGGGGUAGGGUAUUUGUUGAAAAGGUACUAUACCAUCAAUUUCAUGUAACUACUGUAUAGGACAUAGGUUCACCAAACUUCAGGGAGUGCCAAGUGUUUUAAAAUUUUUCAAUUAGUUCCUGCCUAUUAAUUUUUCAAUUUAAAAUUUGUUUCUUAUCUAUAUUUUAGACACAGCAAAAAUGUGCCAUCUACAUUCACCACACAAGAAUCGGUAUUACCAACACCAGUUCCAUCAGCUAUUUCAGUGUGUGCUCCUGCAUCUGUGCCUGUUGCAUCCCAUUGGAGUGUCACAGAACAUAGAAAUUUGUUUAAUUAUGCUCCUGCAAGAACAAAGUCCAAUAAAGGGGAAAAAACAGAAAGUUGCUACCUGUUCCCUUAAGUCCAUGUGCAUGGGAAAAUGUAAUGAUGAAAAACCACCUACAACAGUUAGAGACAGGACUGUGCAAAGCAAUGCAGGUCUUGGUGAUGCUGUUCUUUCUUUUAAUCUGGAUGGAGAAAGUGCACACUGCCAUGACAAAUUGAUCCAAAAAUUUCAUAAAUUGGCAACUUGUGGAUAUCAACUGUUCCUAUAUCACCAUGGAGGGGAGGAGUCAAUCCUGUGUCCCACCAUAUGCACAAAGGAAAUUAAGAGGAUCCGACCCCAACAAAAAGAUAUUCGAGCAGAUAAUGAGGAGCAAGAAGAAGAUAUUCCAAUUGUACAUGUGGACUAUGUAAGUCAUUUUAAAAUAUAA